GGGACCAGUAAAGCGGCGCUCGCGAACCAGUGUGCUGAGUUCUUGGAGAGUGGUGUGGUUGAAUUAGUGGAUGAUAUCGCGGAACGCACGUUAGUUUGUUGAUUUUGCCCAAUCAAAUUGCAUAUCUGUCUUUGACGUGGAAACUUAUCUCAGACGCAAGGAUGGAGAACAGAAGUUUCGUUCCGGAUAACAUCCCAGCAGAUCUCGCUAAGAGUUGGCACAUACCAAGACCCACACUAGCUCAUGGCUCAAAAAGCUCCAAAGGAUCAACGUCUAGUAAUAACAGUACACAGAGUGCACGAUCAGGAUCGUUGUUGCUGACCGCCGCCAAUCUCGCCCAGAUCCACCAGGCGGACGAGGCGAUGGAGGCGCGCGACGCGGCCACCACCCGAAACCAAAAUAUCCAGUACUACCUCCAGAGUGCGGGCGGCGGCGACGCCCUCGGUCUGCCUGUCGGCGGUUUGGGGGCGGCCAAAAAGCCGGUCGAGCCCGACAACGUGUCGAUAGCCAGUUCGAUGCACUUCACCGUCGUGAACAUGAACACGAGACAGACGGCGCCCAAGCGCAGCUUCUGCAGGAAGCAUCACAUCACGAUACUGGUGCUGUCCAUGUCGGCGCUGUUCACCAUAGGGAUACUCACUGCCAUAUUUCUCUUAGAAAUGAGGGCCAAGAGACAGAGGUAUUAAUCGUUCACCAAGAACGAUAACCAACUACUUCAAUCGAUGGCAUUUACCAUUUCUCUAGUUAGGAAUAUUAUUUAUACAUUUAUUUAAUUCGAUUUAACUAUUACCUUUAAGGAAGCCCUUUACCAAUUCGGACCAAAAUUUGUGGUUGUUUUUAGAAUAUAAGUUGUAAACUAAUUAUUUUUGCUAUUACUGUGAUAUGUGUAUAAAACAAACAAUCAUAAUGUAUAGUAUUUAUGUAUUGUCGUUUCUGCGGUGACGGAGUUAACCGGCAUCCGUGGGAAGUUUUCGUAAAUUUAUUUUAAAUUAAAUUAUCAAUAAAAU